AUGAGCCACACUUUCUAUGACGGCACUAUUGUGGUGCUCCAACGCAUCCUCGACACACUUUCACAUAUACUCCACCAAGCCGAGAAAGCCCCCAAUGCCAGCACCCUCCCCGAGGCUCGUUUGCAUGAGGACAUGUAUCCAUUGACCGAUCAGAUCCGCCUUGUUGUUCAGUUUACAGAGAAUUUGACGGCCAAGGUGUCUGGCCGAGAGCCAACUACCUAUGAGGGUAGUCCGUUAACGUUCGCUGAAUUCCACGAGCGCAUCGAGACAGUGCGGAAGUCGCUUAACGAGGCCGACAAGAACUAUAUCAACGAGAAUUACGACAAGGCUGGGCCCACUAAGAUUGCGCCCACUGUCUCAAUUGAUGUUACCAGUGCUGUUUACGCUCAUCGCAUUGCAUUGCCGAACAUUUACUUCCACCUCACGACCGCCUAUGGAAUUUUGCGCAAGGAGGGGGUUCCUCUUGGAAAGGUUGACUACUUCACUGGGUUUUUCCCUCCCGGCGAGGCCAAGGGCUACUAG